UAUUUUUCUCUCUCUGACGGCUCCCUCCUGUCACUUGUUGCCCCUUUUCAUACUCGUCUUUCCCAACUCCUCCCAUAUCUGAUGACUGGGCUUAUGGAGUCCUGCCAGUGUGGGUAUGAUUAACACCUUCAUUAUCACCGUUUGUGCGUUUAUUUCCAAUCUCCUCCAUGCUGUGUGGAGAGCGUUAGUGUCAGAGCCACACGAGGAGCGAGGUCCUUCUUUCAGAGAGCUUAUGGAGGAGUUGAGUCCCGGACAACUGGCUGUUAAACAGCUGAAGAGACAGUUCUUGAAGGCCCUGCAGGCAAACGACGCACAAGAUGUCAUGCAUAUUCUGCGCACUGGGAAACUAGAUAUUGACACUGUGCUAGAGGUGGAUGACCCCAAAAUGGUGCUGGCCUCAUACAAACAAGGUUACUGGCUCCCAAGCUACAAACUGGAGAAGUCCUGGGCAAUGGGUAUUCAUGUAUGCGUGAUGUACAAUGCCCUGGAAACAGCACUGGUGCUCCUUCAGGAAGGUGCAGCCAUCAACCGGAUGCCAAAUGGGAAGACGCCGCUGCAUGUGGCCUGCGAGGUCUCCAACUGCGACUGUGUCACCUUGCUCUUGGCUCACAGGGCAAAAGUCAACUGCCUGUCGCUGAGUGGACACACACCCCUGCACUACUGCAUCACCACGGAGUCUGUGGACUGUGCCAAGCAGCUGAUCCUCAAAGGUGCAAACAUUGAUAUGCCCAGCCAAAACAAUGAAGAUACACCUUUACACACUGCAGCCAGAUGCGGGCUCCCAGAGCUGGUGGCUCUCUACUUGGCCAACGGAGCGUCUGUGGAUGCCAUCAACUCUAUGCAGGAGACGCCACUAAUGACUGCCUGCUUCUGGGCUUUUGACUGUAAAGAGCAAAUCUACAGCCAAGAUCACCAUCUUGUCUGUCGCCUCUUGCUCGACCACCAGGCCAAUCCCAACCUCAGAGAAGAGGACAAUAAAACAGCUCUUCACAAGGCAGCCUGGAACUGUGAUCACAUCCUGAUGCAGAUGCUGCUGGAGGCCGGCGCUAACACGAGAGCCAUGGACAUCAAUGGCUGUGCCCCUAUUCAGUAUGUCCUCAAAGUGACUGAAGUCAGGCCCAUGGCCAUACCUGAGCUCUGCUAUCAGCUGCUGCUCAACCAUAACGCAGCACGGAUCUACCCGCCCCAGUUCCACAAGGUGCUGCAGACCUGCUACGACUACCCCGGAGCAGUGGAAAUCAUGAUCAACUCCUAUGAACGUAUAAAGCCCACAAAUAAGUGGAUAGCUGCCAUUCCUGAUGACGGCUACAAGCGACACAAAAACUUCUACGACUCUUUGUUUGCUGUUUGCACCAACACUCCUCGCAGCCUGCUUCACCUGACCAGAUGUGCCAUCAGAGCCGGCCUGGGUGGGUUCUGCCACACAGGUGUUGGACAACUGCCUCUGCCAUCUCCCUUGAAGAGAUAUUUGCUACUGGAACCUGAGGGGAUGCUGUACUGAUGAAGCCUGUCACCUGGCAGCUUUAAUAGAAACAUUCACUUCCUGUUCUGCUGUGGAAAGUGAAAUUGCUGCUAGUUGGAGGUGUUACUAACAGGUGUGUCUUAUAUAUUUUUGCUUAUCAUUCCUAGUGGAUUUUGUCUAGAACAUAAAGAAAUACCUCUUUUACAGUACAGGAGAAACUACAUGCAACUUGUCUUUGCUGGAGUAGAACUCUGAUCACAUGACUAACAUUUAAACUGAAUUAUGAUGGUGGUUUAAUGCUUGACAUGAGAGAGUUGAUUCAUUAUUCAACCAGACAUAUGCAGAGAUUUCGACAACUUCUCUGUAAUCCUUGUAGUAUGCAUAUCUUUCAUUCUAUACAGGGAGGUAUUGGUCCUUUUUAAGGUGGCAUGUGUGUCAGUAGAAGAAGAAAUCUUUUACUUGUCUCUAUAUCAAGGUGUUGCCUCAUACUUCAGAGGAUCUAUAUCUACCUGGCAACCAGCUUUAAUGCUCACCCUGGAGCUAAUGCUCUAGUGACACCCCUUUAUUUGCUGAACAAACACUUUACAAAGCCCUCCACAACAAGUGCUUGUUUUUCCAGUGGACUGCACAUGUAGCCAUGUACAUGGACCAAUUUUUGUUAGCCAGGAAUUAAAAUAAAUAAUUCUCACAACUCCCUCUAAACAGAGGCCACUCUAUAUAAACAGGGAUGAUAACUUAAAGGUGCUAAAUUCUACAUUCAGAGCAUUAAUAUAGCAGCAAACAACUAUUUCCUAUGUAAAGAUAUAGUGGAGUAAUUUCUAUCUGAGCAGAGAAUGAAGUCGAUCUCCCUCCGUACGUGUUGUCAUCUGAGCUGCUCUGUUCUUUUUUGACAUAGCCGGGCCGGCGGCGUGUUAUUUUAAGUGCAUAUCAGUACAUGUGAGCGUACUCCACUGGUUAGCUCACGGUCGCUGCUCUGCACUGCUCUCAUACGGCGGUUAAAGGUAAUGACGCCAUCCUGACUCACUGUGUCGUUGUGAAACAAUAGCGACCACCUUUCUGUUCCCACCUCCAGGUAAACACUGUUAGCUCUUUAGCACGGUUGCCUUUGUUUGCACUGUUUGUGUUUUUACCACUGUAAGCUGCAAGCUGCCGGCUCAGCCUUCGUCAUGUUGGGAGCCGUAUCGAGGCUCUAGAUUUUCUCUGAAUUUCGUAUAGGGGAUCUUUAAUACCCUUGUCAAGUUUUAUAAGAAUGUCCACCUUAACUCAACACAAACUGUUUUGCUAAUCGUGACUUCUAGAUUCUCACCUAAAGGAAGACCACUUAAGUACUUUAAAAAGUCUCAGGUAGACCUUCAAUUGUGACCUGGGCCAUUCAGCCCAGUCACAACAGCAUGCUGUAAUGGUGUGAGCAUCUUAAUCGAUUUAAUCCAGGUGUUAUGUCUAAUUUGUCAUGGGUAGAUAAUAUCAGUGUACAAUAGAGGAAAGCACUUGUGCGGCUGAUGCUGCCGCCUGGGCAGAGGGGACCUGCUGAGCUGUUGUGUGGUGUUCUUGUUGAAAAGGAGAAUGGGGAGAAAAUGAACUGGAAGCCUCAGGAAACAUUGUAAAAUGAAUGCUGAAUAAAGAUGUGAGAAGGAAACUGGAGCUUUUUCUUCAUCUCCAAUCAUACAGUACACACAGA